UACUACCAGAUUAUAAAAUUCUGCUCAUGGAACGCAUUCUCUUUUUAAGCAGUUGAAUUUCCAACACAUUUUUCAUCCACUAAACAGUUUUAAAUUUAUAAAUAAAAGACUCCAGUUCAAGAGUACAAAAUCCUCAGCUAUGGCGUCUACCCAUUUCCUAUGCAGUAACCAUCUCUACACUUGCUCCAACGCCAGGAACCACCACACCUUUUCUUUCAAGAAAAUCAACCUUUCCUCCUCUUCUUCUUCCUACAGGCCACAUGGGUCUUCUUCUUCUUCUUCUCCUAAAAAAACUCAACUACAAAGAACCCAAUUUGUCAAAGCCAUGUCUUUCGAUUCCAGAUCUGGGAAAAAACAAGUAGAGAUAGUGUAUGAUCCUGAUGAAAGGUUAAAUAGAUUAGCGGAUGAGGUGGAUAAGAAUGCGGGGCUUUCAAGGCUCACUCUAUUUUCACCUUGCAAGAUAAAUGUCUUUUUGAGAAUAACCAGCAAGAGGGAAGAUGGAUUUCAUGACUUGGCUUCUCUUUUUCAUGUAAUAAGCCUAGGAGACAAGAUCAAGUUCUCUUUGUCCCCAUCAAAUAAGGAUCGCUUAUCAACCAAUGUGCCUGGAGUUCCCUUGGAUGAUAGAAAUUUGAUCAUCAAAGCCCUUAAUCUAUACAGGAAAAAGACAGGCUCUGACAAAUUCUUCUGGAUUCAUCUGGAUAAAAAGGUUCCUACUGGUGCGGGGCUUGGUGGUGGAAGCAGCAACGCUGCAACUGCUUUAUGGGCAGCAAAUCAGUUCAGUGGUUGUCUCGCUACAGAAAAGGAACUCCAAGAAUGGUCGAGCGAAAUUGGCUCGGAUGUUCCAUUCUUUUUCUCUCAUGGUGCAGCCUACUGUACCGGCAGAGGUGAGGUUGUUGAAGAUAUUCCCCCUCCUAUUCCUUUUGACAUUCCAAUGGUACUUAUAAAGCCUCAGGAGGCGUGCCCCACAGCUGAAGUUUACAAGCGUCUUCAGUUGGAUCAAACUAGCAAGAUCGAUCCUUCAACCUUGCUGGACAAGAUCUCAAGAAAUGGAAUAUCUCAAGAUGUUUGUGUGAAUGAUUUGGAACCUCCUGCAUUUGAAGUUCUUCCAUCUCUGAAAAGAUUAAAACAGCGUGUGAAAGCUGCCAGUCGUGGACUAUAUGAUGCAGUUUUUAUGUCUGGAAGUGGAAGCACUAUAGUUGGGGUUGGUGCUCCAGAUCCCCCACAAUUUCUUUAUGACGAUGACGAAUACAAAGACGUGUUUUUGUCAGAAGCUAGCUUCAUCACUCGUGCAGCUAAUCAGUGGUACACAGAACCCAUUUCAACAAGUGAUGAAAAGGAUGAAACCGGCUGUGGUCCAUAGUCUCAUCAUUAGGAGGAAUGCUGAAUUUGUCUCAUUCAUUGACCUCUUUUCUUGUAUAAAUGUUGCGGAUUUUAAACGUAUUCGAUUCUUCAGAAUGGAGUGCUCUGAAAAUAACAGGAAGGUGACUGUGCAUGGAAAAUGCAUUUUGAAACC